UUAUCUUGUUCGAUGUAUAAUUACUAUCGAGUUUCGACUAGUACGUCCGUAUUGUUUGUAUGUGUUAUGGAAGCGCGCGUGUGAGCGCACGUAAGGACGUGAAUUGUCUCCGGCGCUAGGGAUGAAGUGUAGUAGUAAGUCAGAUGAACGAUUCAUUGGCAAAUCACAAAGAAAUGCAGACACUCUUUUGGUCUUGAGUGAAGUACUCGCCUCGAGUGCUCAUGAAAAGAGUGAAUUGUCUAUAAUGAUUGUUGGCUCAGCAAUCCUCUUUUGGAUCCGGCGAGUUCGGGAUGAUUUUUUUUUUUUUUUUUGACCUUUGCCUGCAUCGGAAGCAAGAUCUGAAGGAAUGCGAAUUGGAGGCCUCGAAAGGCCACUAUGGUCCAUAAUCUCUGCCUCACCAUGAGAAGCCACGAAAUCCAAAGCAGGACUCUGGUCGAGGAUAUCAGAUCGCUCCGGCUGAUCACAGGCAUCAAAACCCCGUACCUACUGGAUGGCAGACUGGACCUCAAAGCCUACGACGGCUUGAUCAAUAUGCAGAUCACGCAAGGUGUGGAAGGAGUCAUCGUCGGGGGCCCAGCUGGGGAAGGCCAUUUAAUGAGCUGGGACGAGCACAUCUCGCUCAUUGGACACACCGUCGCUCGCUUUGGUGCUUCGCUCAAGGUGAUCGGCAACACCGGAAGUAACUCCACCGGUGAAGCAAUGCAGGCCACCGAGCAGGGCUUUGCUGUGGGAAUGCAUGCUUCCCUUCAGAUAAAUCCUUACUGCGGCAAAACAUCCAUACCUGGCGUGCUUGCUCACUUCAAUAGUGUUUUGCCUAUGGGUCCGAUGAUAAUAUACAACAUGCCGUCCAGGACGGGUCAGGACAUUCUGCCCUGUGUCAUCCAAACCUUGUCUGCAAGUCCGAACUUUGUCGGGAUAAAGGAAUGUGCUGGAAAUGAUCGUGUUAGGCAGUAUGCAGAGGACGGGAAGACGGUUUGGUGCGGGAUGGAUCAUGAAUGCCAUGAUGCUAGGUGGGAUUUGGGGGCUACGGGAGCGAUGUCGGUCACUAGCAAUUUGAUUCCUGGCUUGAUUCGGGAAUUGGUCGCGGGGAAGAAGAGUCCUUCGCUGAACAAGAAGCUCAUGCCUUUGAUCGAAUGGCUCCUCCAUGAGCCGGCCCUGACUGGAUUGAACACUGCUCUGGCUCAACUUGGGGUGGUCUGGCCGGUUUUCAGGCUUCCUUAUGUGCCGCUUCCUCUAUCGAAGCGGCAAGAAUUUGUGAGGGUGGUGGAGGACAUUGGAAGAGAGCAUUUCGUGGGAGAAAGAGAAGUUCAGGUGCUUGACGACAAUGACUUCAUCUUGGUGGGAAGGUAUUGACAUUGGUCAUCUUCAUCC